GCUGCGGGUUUCUACUGUCGCUCAUUUCUGGGGCCGGACUGCGGCGGUGCAGUGUGUGUAUAUGUGGUGUGUGUGUGUGUUCUGAACGUGCGAGAGUCAGGAGAGAGACAACCGUGUGUGUGACUCUGCAAGGAAGAGCUAAGGCACAGGGAGGUGUAAUUGUAGUCCAUCAUUCCACGGAGACCCUUCGAAUAGACAGACAUCAUGGGCAAGGGAUUUCGAGGCACAGUGAAAGAUUUCCCAGACUUCGAUGCUAACAGCGAUGCUGAAGCUCUCUACAAUGCCAUGAAAGGCUUUGGAAGUGACAAGGAGGCCAUUUUGGACCUGGUCACCUCAAGAAGCAACGCUCAGAGACAAGACAUCUGCAGUGCCUACAAAACACUCUACGGCAAGGAUUUAAUCGAAGAUCUGAAGUACGAACUGACGGGCAAGUUUGAGCGUCUGAUUGUGAGUUUAAUGAGACCCCCGGCGUAUCACGAUGCGAAAGAAAUCAAGGACGCUAUCAAGGGUUCGGGAGCCGGCACUAACGAGAGAUGUCUGAUCGAAUUGCUCGCCUCGAGGACGAACGAGCAAAUCCACAGCAUGGUUGCGGCAUACAAAGAUGCGUAUGGCAGGGACAUGGAGGAGGACAUAAUAGAAGACACAUCAGGACACUUUAAGAAGAUGCUGGUGGCUUUGCUCCAGGGUGGCAGAGAUGAAGAUGGUGUGGUUUAUGAAGAUCUGGUGGAAGAAGAUGCGCAGCACCUAUACGCGGCUGGAGAGGAGAAAUGGGGGACGGACGAGGCCAUCUUCAUCAUGCUCUUGGGCAACCGGAGCGCGACUCACCUGCAGCUGGUGUUCGAUAAAUAUCUGGAGCUCACCGAGAGGUCCAUUGAGGACAGCAUUAAGAGCGAGCUGUCAGGGGACUUCGAGAGGCUGAUGCUGUCUGUGGUGGAGUGUGUCCGUAGCCGGCCCAUGUUCUUCGCCAAGCGCCUCUACAAAUCCAUGAAGGGAUUGGGUACGGAUGAUAACACCCUGAUCCGGAUCAUGAUCUCACGCUCUGAGAUCGACAUGCUGGACAUCCGAGAGUGUUUCAGGCUGCGCUAUGAGAAAUCCCUUUACAACAUGAUCCAGGACGACACGUCUGGCGAGUACAAGCGCACGCUGCUCAAGCUCUGUGGUGGAGAUGAUGAUGUUGCAGGAGAGUUUUUCCCUGAAGCUGCACAGAUCGCAUACAAGAUGUGGGAGGUCAGCUCUAUGACCAAAGUUCAGUUAAGGGGAACAGUUCAGCCCUACUCUGACUUUGACCCAGGCAGUGAUGCUCAGGACCUGAGGAAGGCCAUGAAGGGUUUUGGAACUGAUGAGGACACCAUCAUUGACAUCGUCACCAAGAGGAGCAACGCUCAGAGGCAGGAGAUCAGGCAGGUCUUUAAAUCGCUGCUGGGCCGGGACCUCAUGGCGGACCUGAAGUCCGAGCUCUCCAAAAACCUGUGCCGUCUCAUCAUGGGGCUGAUGAUGACCCCAGCUGAGUUCGAUGCCAAAAUGAUGAAGAAAGCCAUGGAGGGUGCUGGGACUGAUGAACAUGCCUUAAUUGAGAUCCUGGUGACAAGGAGCAAUGAGGAGAUCAAGGCCAUGUGUGCUGCUUAUAAAAAAGCCUUUAAGAAGAGCUUGGAAGACGCAAUUCACUCCGACACUUCAGGACACUUCUGCCGCAUCCUGGUUUCCCUGGCACAGGGAGCCCGUGAAGAAGGUCCAGCUGACAUGGGCAGAGUUUUGGAAGAUUCCCAAGCUUUGGCAGAUGCGUGCAAUGCCAACUCUGAUGAGAUGAUUGAUAAGUUCAUGAGCAUUCUCUGCACAAGGAGUUUCCCACACCUGAGAAAAGUGUUCCAGGAAUUUGUCAAGUGCUCCAACAAGGACAUUGAACAGAUCAUUAAGAAGGAGAUGUCUGGAGAUGUUAAAAAUGUCAUGUGUGCUAUCGUGCAGAGCGUGAAGAACCAGCAGUCCUACAUUGCAGACCGACUGUACAGAGCCAUGAAGGGCCUGGGCACUGACGACCGAGCCCUGAUCCGGAUCAUGGUGUCGCGCUCCGAAAUCGACCUCUUCAACAUCCGGAAAGAGUUCAAGGACACCCACGAUGCCUCACUGCACGAGUUCAUCCAGGUAGAAACCAUGGUUGGAGACACGUCAGGAGAUUACCGUAAAACCCUGCUAAUCCUGUGUGGUGGUGAGGAUUAGGAGUCUGAGCCGUGUGUCUGACUGGCAGACGCUAUGCCGUGAUCCCGUCCUCCGUCGCCGUCCUCUAUCGCCAUCCCCGCUGUGCUGCAAUUGCCGUUGCUACAGUUAUGCCAAAAUCGAUGAUUUUUGAAACUUCCUCGACUCCACCUCACUGUGGUCACUGUGUAUCGUCAAUCUUUUUUUUUUUUUUUUACCUUUUUCCCUUUGUAUGAUGAUGGAGUUGAAUUGUGAUUACUUCAUCCAUAAGUGCUUUGGAGUAAUGGUCGUUUCCAAGGUUUCAGUAACCUGAACAAAGAAAUAAACACCAUUGAUCCUA